AUGGAUGGUAGCGCAAUAGGGAACCCGGGACCUUCUGGAUUUAGAGGGCUUAUUAGGAACAACAUUGGAGAUUGGAUCAUAGGUUUUGUUGGUCACUAUGGAUAUGCUACGAACCUCUUCGCCGAGCUCACGACCAUUCAUCAAGGAUUACAAUUGAUAUGGAGAUUUGGACACCAUGAUGUUGUUUGCGAAUCAGAUUGCAAGACAACUCUUCAUCUGAUUUGUGAUGCAAAUACUGGGUAUCAUCCUUAUACUACUAUUAUUAACAAGAUCAAGGACUACAGGUCUAAACCACGAAGACUUCACUUUUGCCACAUUUUGCGGGAAGGUAACAAAUGCGUUGGUGCAUUAGCUAUGAUAGAAUUAUCUCAUGAAGAUAACUUUGUUCAAUGGGAUACUCCCCCUCACUAG